AUGACCCAGCAAAUGCAGAGCCUACAGCUUACCCAGACAAAAAAGAACAACCCACCAUCAUCUCCCAAUGCUGCUAAACGACUCUAUCGGAAUCUGUCAGAGAAAUUGAAGGGAAGUCACUCAUCUUUUGAUGAGGCAUAUUUCAGAGCCAGAUCAGACCGUCUCAGUCUCCGAAAGUCUUCAAUGAACUUCCAGUGCUGUGAAGCUAUGCUGGAGGCCGUGGAACAGCAGGACAUGGAUACUGUCCAGAUUCUCCUCUAUCAAUACACGCCUGAGGAACUGGAUCUUAACACUCCUAAUAGUGAAGGAUUAACUGCACUGGACAUUGCUAUCCUGACAAAUAAUGUGCCUAUUGCGAAGCUCCUUUUGAAAGUUGGGGCAAAGGAAAGUCCACAUUUUGUUGAUAUGGAAAGCAGGUCAAUCCACCUGAACAACUUAGUUGAAGAAGCUCAGCAGCGAGUGGGUGACCUGUCUGCACACGUAAUGAGUGAAGGUCUUGGUACAGACAGCUGUGAGAAAGAGAAGCAACUGAAAGCCUGGGAAUGGAGAUAUCGGCUCUACAAACGCAUGCAAUCAGGCUAUGAACAUUCCAGAGUCCCAGAGGCACCAUCCAACAUCUGCCUCAUGGUAACAAGUAGUACAUCACUCACUGUCACUUUCCAAGAACCUCAUAGCACGAACUCAGCAGUGGUGACCAAAUACAAAGUGGAAUGGAGCUGUUCAGAAGACUUUUCCCCUCCGGCUGGGGAAAUCAUCAUGGAUAAUCUUCAGUCUUUGAGGUGCAUCAUCACUGGCCUCACAAUGGGACAACGCUAUUAUGUCAGAGUUUACGCUUAUAACAUGAAAGGCUGGGGGCAGCCUCAGACUUCAACACCCCCCUGUGCUUCUCCUUCUAACUGGAAAGACUGUGAUGGCAGGGAGCCGAGGCACAGGGGACAGAUUGAAGCUCUGGAACGCUUGCUGCAGCAGGUUAGAGCGUCUCAUCAGAGUUACAGUUGCCGAGAUAGUUCUAAGCUGCAAAAUGCUGGUCGCAAGCAAUCUGUCUCAAGAAGCCUGAAGCAUCUGUUCCAUUCUUCAAACAAGUUUGUAAAGACUUUGAAAAGAGGACUUUAUUUAGCUGUGAUAUUUUAUUACAAAGAUAACAUGUUGGUAACCAAUGAAGAUCAAAUCCCGAUUGUGGAAAUCGACGAUUCUCAUACCAGUUCCAUUAUGCAAGAUUUUCUCUGGUUCACAAAGCUAUCUUGUAUGUGGGAUGAUAUCAGGUGGCUGAGGCAGAACAUGUCUGUCUCCAUGUCCUCAUCUACAGUGCUUCAAGCCAGGCAGAAAAUGCUCUCUGCAACAGCCCAGCUACAGAAUCUCUUGGGAACACACAACUUGGGCCGUGUCUAUUAUGAACCAAUCAAGGAUCGGCAUGGCAACAUUAUUAUUGUUACAAUAAGAGAGGUGGAGACUCUCUAUUCUUUUUUUAAUGGCAAAUGGAUGCAGAUCUCCAAGCUACAAAGCCAGAGAAAAUCCCUUUCAACACCAGAGGAGCCGACAGCAUUAGACAUCCUGCUCAUUACAAUCCAGGAUAUACUUUACUAUCACCGAAGGAGCCAACAGCGCCUGGCUCCUGGCCUCUAUUUCGGCUACCUGAAACUCUGCAGCUCAGUGGAUCAGAUAAAAGUGCUUGUGCUACAAAAACUGCCCAACAUCUUAUGUCAUGUUAAAAUCAGAGACAACAGCAAUGUCUCCAAAGAGGAGUGGGACUGGAUCCAAAGCCUUUCUGGCUCAGAAUCUAUGGAAAAUAUGGAUCAUUCUGCAGAGUGCCCAACUCGACUGUUCUUUGAGCUCCAGAUGGCAAUGAAAGCUCUCCUUAAACAGAUCAAUCUACCUCUGCGACAGGCUAAGCUCUUCCGUCUGUACACACAGGAGGUGUUGGAACUGGGUCACAAUGUGUCCUUUCUUCUCUUGCUCCCUCCCUCAGACGACGUCUGCACUGCCCCAGGACAGAAUAACCCUUACACCCCGCACUCAGGAUUCCUUAACCUCCCUCUUCAGAUGUUUGAACUCGUUCAUUUUUGCAGUUACAAGGAGAAAUUUAUUAGUCUGUAUUGCCGCCUUUCUGCUGUCAUAGAGCUAGAUUUUCUGAGCACCCAGCAGUCCCUAAGGGAAGCAAUUUCAGACAGUGAAGUCGCUGCAGCUAAACAAAGACACCAGCAAGUCCUAGAUUACAUACAGCAAAUUGAUGAGAUUUGGCGUGAAAUGAGAUGGAUCAAUGAAGCACUACAGUAUGCACGGUACAGACAGCCAGUUGGUGGCUUGCCAAUAACAAAGAUUGUGGAUCUGUCAGAAGAACCUGUGCAAAAGAAGAUAAGCUCAACAUCCUCCCAUCUUGAUUGUCUUCCAUCACCACCACCUUCACCCGAGACAGAAACCCACAGGAGAAAAGCUGUGAGUGACUCUCAGCCUUAUUCAGAUGAAGAAGGUUGCUCUGAAGUAUUCCUUCCAACUGACAGUGACUAUGAUUCCAGUGAUGCAUUGAGUCCUAGAGAGCUGGACUUGGUUUAUUCAUCCUCCCAGGACAUCUCCCAUCAGGCCGUGAGCUGUCUGAGUGGCAGUGCACCAGAUGUCCUCCAGGUCCAUGACAUCAAACCUUGCCUGACUCCAAAACAAAACCCAAAAGGGGGUAGCGACUUAGAGGCAGAUAUUGAGCAGUCUACAGAAUACAUACAGAGCCUGUCGAUAGGAGGGCUAUCUCCGAAAAGUACAGAAAAGAAUCCAGGCUUGAGGCAACCGUUGAGUUUCUUAGGUAAAAAAAAGCAUGGGAAACAUCAGCACUAUAGUUAUUUCAGCAGACACCAUCGUUGGCUGCGUGUACACAGUGAGUCCCAGUCAGUCUCCCUUUCAGAGGGUCUGUAUACACAACAUCUCACACGAGCCAUGGAGUUCUCACAAGAGCCUACCUCUGGUGAGCAGAUAAGCAUCUCUAUUGAUUGCCCGCGCAAUACUUUUUUACCUCAUGCUUCAAGCCUCCCAGAAGAAGGGAAAGGCAAAUAUGAGGAACUUAGACCGAGCAUCCACAGGAUAUAUGUCGAGCCUCUCAAGAACACACUCCCCAGUGAAGAAAGGAAAUCCUGGGCCCUAAGCAGCCAGCCAAUAGGACAUGAGGAUUUGCACAGUCCCACAGGCCAAAGAAAGGUCUCAGAAGAUCACUCCAACUCUAACAUCACUGAAGUAUUCAGCAGCGAUCUCUAGGGAUAAAUGUUUCCUGGUGGGACACCUCCCAAUCCUGUCUCUCCAAAUGGGAUUAUAAGUAUCACCAUUUCUUAUUUCUACAAAACAAUCUCAGCGUACAAAGGUUCCAACUCUUGUUCUCAAA